AAAUAAAAAGAGAAGAUCCAAAUCUCAGACUAAUUCUGUAUUAUAUAAUAAUGAGCUCCGCUCUCACAUAUAUGAUUCAACAUCUACUAAUAACUCUAUAGAAAAAAUAAGUAGUGAGGAUCUAGAUGCAUUAUAUGAAAAAGAGUUGAGAAAAAUAAAGCAAAUAUGA